AUGCUGGUUUUGAAUACAUACUGUAGUUUUUGGUUCCCCGUGGUUUGAAAAGCAGAAGGCUUCAGACCGAAAUUUAGAAAAAAACACAAAAAAAAUAUUUAUUCACGUGAACUUUUAUUGAACGUGUACAGACAAUCGUGUUUUUAAGCAAAACGAAUUUAUUCUUUGUAUUUACUCAUAUACUAAAUAUUGAAAUUUAUAUACCUCGUGGGAAGUGCAUAGCAAAAUAACAUGUGAGUUUUAUCUUUCCCGAAAUAAAUAUAAAUUUUGAAUUUUAGCGAAAUGAGUUCUGUUGCUGAAAGACCAAUUGAACAAGAAUUGUAUUAUCAUGGAUUGUUACCCCGCGAAGAUGUCAAAACGAUGCUCGUUAAAAACGGUGAAUUCUUGCUUCGCAUGUCGGAGCCGAAAAAAGGCGAACCUCGUUCAUUUAUCCUCUCUGUAAUGCAUAAUAACCAAUUAGAUGAGGCAAUUGCUAUCAAACAUUUCGUUAUCAAAUUUGCUGGUGGAAAAUAUAUGAUUGAAAAAUAUUCAUUCGACAGUAUCCAACAAAUGAUUGAACAUCACGUAAAAUCGAAAGAAAGUAUCAAAGUAGCUGAUGAUGUUUUGAUUAUCAAACCAAUUAUUCGUCAAUAUUGGGAACUUGAUCAUGAAAAUAUCACAGUUAUGAAGAAAUUGGGUGAAGGAGCAUUUGGAGAAGUUAGCAUGGGACAAUUGAAAAACAAAAAAUUGAACAAAGUUUAUCAAGUUGCCAUCAAACAAGCGAAACUUGAAAAAGUUACCAAAGAACAAAUCAAAGAGUUUAUGUCGGAAGCUCGUUUGAUGCGUCAAUUCAAUCAUCCACAUGUUGUUCGAUUUUUCGGUGUUGCUGCUGGAACUGAACCAUUAUAUAUGGUUAUGGAAUUGGCAUCAAAUGGGGCACUUGAUAGUUAUCUCACAAAGAAUCCAGAAAUGCCAAUGGAUAAACGAAACGAAAUGAUACUUCAAGCAGCCUGGGGUCUCGAAUAUCUUCAUUCAAAACCAGUUUUACAUCGAGAUAUUGCGGCUAGAAAUUGUUUGUAUGGUGAUGGAAAAGUUAAGAUAUCGGAUUUCGGUUUGACUCGUCAUGGAACUAUUUAUCAAAUGGAUCCAUCGAGAAAAGUUCCGAUUCGUUGGCUUGCUAUUGAAACACUCAAACAGCAAAUUUAUACCCAAAAAACUGAUGUUUGGAGUUACGGUAAAUUUAUUUUCCAAGUUCAAACUCUGAAGUAAGUUCAAAUUUUUCAGGGAUUAUGUGUUGGGAGAUCUACAACAAUGGCGUUGAACCAUAUCCUGGAAUGACUGUUGCUGAAGUAAAUCAACAAGUUCGCGAAGGAUAUCGUAUGCAACUUCCACCGAAUGUCAGUCCGGAAAUUCAAAAUCUCAUCAAUAUAAAAUGCUGGAGCGAGAAUCCGAAUGAUCGUUAUGGAAUGCCGGAAAUUUGCACAAUGUUGCAAAAGUUUACUGGAGUUGUUCGCCCAAAUUUUGCUGCGAUUCAAGCUCAAGUUAUGGCUGAACAUCAAGCCAAUGUCAUAACUUCGAAAACUGGAAGAAGAAAGAAGAAGGGAAGUGCAGCACCAAGAGGAAUGUAG